AUGUGUAUAAAGAGAGAGAGAAAUAAAGAGGGGUGGAUAAAUUUUGGGGAUUUGCUAACGUUGUUGAUUCCAGGUGAUAAAAAUGGCCAAGAAAAACCGGUUUUUGACAACCCAAAAAAGUGGUAUUGGAUCCUACUAAGAAGACUGAAGCUAAAGAGUGGUUUUGUAACUGAAAAAAAGAUAGCUGUAGAAAGAGCACAAAAGCUGUUACAUAACACUUAUUUGUGUUUACAUUUAGAGAGAGAAAGAAGAGGAGUUUGCAGAAAAUAGCUGAUUAAGUAUAUUUUGUUUGUUAGUAAAAUUUGGAUUUUUGGAGGUUUUUGCUUGGAUUUGUAAUGAUGAUAAUUUGGGGUAUGUUGAAGUGCGUGAACAACAUUAAAAGGUAGAAGUUCUUAGAGGAGCCUCUGCGGUAUAGAAAGUUAAAAUACAGGUAUGGGAAGUGAUGAUAUGUAUACAGAGCUGUGGAAAGCUUGUGCUGGGCCUUUAGUGGAUGUUCCUAGGACUGGAGAACGAGUUUACUACUUUCCACAGGGUCACAUAGAACAAUUAGAGGCAUCGACAAAUCAAGCUCUGAAACAACAAAUUCCUCAAUUUAGUCUUCCUUCAAAGAUACUCUGUCGCGUUGUUCAUGUCCAGUUACUGGCAGAGACAGAGACUGAUGAGGUCUAUGCCCAGAUCACUUUGCACCCUGAGGCAAUGCAAGAAGAACCGUCUAGUCCUGAUCCAUGCCCACCUGAUCUGCCAAAACAUGCGGUUCAUUCGUUCUGUAAAAUUUUAACAGCAUCAGAUACAAGCACACAUGGAGGAUUUUCUGUUCUUCGGAAGCACGCCAAUGAAUGUCUCCCACCACUGGACAUGACUCAGUCGACUCCGACCCAAGAUUUGGUCGCCAAAGAUCUUCAUGGGUAUGAGUGGCGAUUUAAGCAUAUCUUUAGAGGCCAACCUCGAAGACACUUGCUUACUACUGGAUGGAGUACAUUUGUAACUUCCAAGAGAUUAGUUGCCGGUGAUGCUUUUGUAUUCCUGAGGGGUGAUAAUGGAGAUCUGCGUGUUGGGGUUCGACAUCUUGCUCGGCAGCAAAGCCAUAUGCCACAAUCUGUGAUAUCCAGCCAAAAUAUGCAUCUUGGUGUUCUUGCGACUGCAUCUCAUGCUAUUACAACACAAACACUGUUUGUUGUAUAUUAUAAGCCAAGGACAAGCCAAUUUAUAAUCGGAUUAAACAAGUAUCUGGAGGCUGUGAGUCAUGGGUUCUCAGUAGGUAUGCGUUUCAGGAUGAGGUUUGAAGGCGAAGAUUCUCCUGAAAGAAGGUUCACAGGAACGAUAGUUGGAGUUGGUGACAUUUCCUCGCAAUGGUCAGAAUCUAAAUGGCGAUCAUUGAAGAUUCAAUGGGAUGAACCAGCAUCCAUAGUGAGGCCAGACAGGGUUUCGCCAUGGGAGAUAGAGCCUUUUGUUGCUCCUACUUCUUUAGAUGUUGCACAACCAGGAAUAAAGAUCAAACGACCUCGUCCCCUUGAGCUUCCCCACACUGACAUUUCAGCUGCCACUGCUGCUUCUUCAUUCUGGUACCCUGGAUCUGGUCCUACUCUUGAAGUGAGCCACUUAGGUAGUGUUGCUGAUAACCAACUAUACUGGUCUUCGGAGCAGAAUAACAGCCUCUCCAAUGGCGUGAGCAACACUAGCUGUAGGACUCAUCUCAGUGGAGCUUGGCAGCAUAGCAUGCUUGCAAAUGGUCCCCUCAAUAUGCUCCGAGACUCUAUUGAAGACAACAAGCAGCUGACUGCACAAUCAAUUCUGUUGGAUUACGGUUCUCCGAUGUCAUCAAGGGCAAGUAACGGCCUUUUACUUGACCAAGUGAAUAGGGGUAAUAAGCAUGCCAUCUCUUCUACUUGUCGCUUAUUUGGCAUUGACUUGCGGAACAACUCUAAUAAUACCCCUACCAGUGAGAAAGACCCACCUAAUGUUACAUCCAACUGCGCUGAUGGCGCACCUACUGUGCAUGAUGGAUCCGAAGUUGAUAAGGACCAAAAUGUAGAGCAUCUAAAUCCUUCUGAAGAAAAGAAACAAGUCCAAUUGGAGGCACUACUGAACGAUACACAUAAGCAGGGCGUCACUUCAUCAAGAACUCGUACUAAGGUGCAAAUGCAAGGGGUUCGUGUUGGACGCGCUGUUGACUUGACUGGUUUAAGUGGUUAUGAUGAUCUUAUCAGUGAACUGGAGAAGAUAUUUGAUAUUAAGGGAGAGCUUUGCCCUCGAAACAAAUGGGAAGUUGUGUAUACAGAUGAUGAGGGUGACAUGAUGCUUGUGGGGGAUGAUCCAUGGCUGGAGUUCUGUAAGAUGGUCAAGAGGAUAUUUAUAUAUUCGAGUGAGGAAGUGAAGAAGAUGAGUCCUAGAUGUAAGCUUCCUAUUUUAUCAUUAGAAGGUGAAGGGACAAUGCCAAGUGUAGAUUCAGAGCUAAAAUCUGAAAGAUGACGAAACUUGCUGAACUUGUUGAUAUGAUGGCUACAGAUAUAUAUGGGUAAAAGGCUUAACGAAUAGACGUGCUUUUUCUUUAAUUUUAUUUUUCUUGUUUCUUUUGUCGUAUAAAAAACCAAGGGAAGGAUGUGAAGUUUGUGAUUUGAUUCAAAGUAGGAGAGUACUAAAGAACUGGAUUCAUGGAUUAAUAUUAGACUUUACUAAUCUUGUAGUUAAGAAACUUGGUGAAGGUUAGUUCUGGAAAUUGUGAAUACCUUUGUUGUUGUGACUGGUUGUGGUGAGUUUUGAUUUAAUCAGUAUGUAAAAAAAGGUAAAGAAAUA